AACACUGCAGAGGCUCGAGUGGGCGGGCUGUGCGCCACCGGUGCUGUGUGUGUGCGCGCGCAGCUGCGCGAUCGACACAACACCCCAUUCCUCUCCUGUACACCUGAGGCUCAUGGGUAAAUGAUGCCGGUGUCCCAUGUCACGUUUUUGAACAAAACGAAGACAGCGCCGCGCCCUGAAGACGACCGCGGGAAUUGUGGGAGCCGAGAUGAUGAUUCUGCGACCGAAAUCUGUCGCGCCGCGAAUCAGGACUUUCCCCCAGAGGAUCCAGAAGCAGUCUCUGAUGGUGACACGUUGGCUUCUGGAAGGCUGAAAGCGAGACCUCCCAGAGCUCCGGAGGCCUUCCUUCAAAUGGGGAGCGAGAUCCCUGCUGCGAUGGAGCUGUUCCUCCAGCAUAGACUCCAGGUUCUGAGGGAAGCCCACCAGUAUCAGCUGCAGGAGGCGGCCCUGCAGCAUCAGCUGGAGCUCGAAAGCAGGAUGCUGCAUGACGCCCUGCUCUCUACAGGGAGCGAGAGGCGAGCCGAGCCCAGUGGACACCUGGACAGGCACGUCUCCUCCAGGGGCAGGAAAAACACCGUUGCAGAUCCCGACAGCAGAGCCUCUAGAUGUAGUGGACCUAAGCACUCAAGCUCUUUCUCUGACUUAAGAUCAGCAAAGAAAGAUGGCACCUUAACCUUUUCACAACAGAGGUGCAGAAGGCCCUUCGCUGCUUCAGAAGCUACGUCUUUGGGUGCGACUAUACCCCAGCCCUUCCACAUGACCCUCAGGGAAGCCCAGAAGAAGCCCCAGGUGCCCCAAGUAGCCGAAUCAUAUCUGGAACACAAGAGAAAACUGGACGAAAUCGAGUGUCAGAAGAAGUUUCACGCUUCUCCUGUACCGGCACAUGUUUUCUUGCCACUGUACCACAACAUCACAGAAGCGCGAGAGCAGGCAAGGAAGGCUGGUGUGGAGCAGAGACGGGGAUUCCUGCUCUCCACGCAAAAACCCUUUACCUUUAUGGCGAGAGAGGAGAAAAAGAGAGAGGAGAGGAUACGAGCAUUGGAAAACCGCGAGCCUCAAACUCAAACCAAAAAGUCGCUGAAAGUCCGAACCCUAGUACCAAAAGCCGUCCUGGACCCAAGAGUCGGUCAGCGUUUGAUCGAGCAGGAGCUGCGUAACAAGAUCCGAGUCCAGAUGAGGGCCCAGGAUUUGCUCAAGAGCUCUGCGGCACCGAUCAAUACGCAGCCCGGCAGGGGAACGCUGGAGACGAGUAGCACGCAGCAAGUCAGGAGGAAGGUCCUGGGCUUCCUGAACGAGAAGCCCACUUUCAAGCCUUUGACCAAUGCAGGGGUGCCCGACUUCGACAGGUUGCACAGGGCCUUCCAGAAGGAGACCUCGAGGAGGGCAGAACACAAGGCAGUUACCAAAUGUGAGCCAUUCCUACUGCGUACCUCCAGGAUACCUCCACGACAGAGCAGGAGCCCCGAGGUGUCGCAAGCACCUGUGAGCAACACCCCCAUGAAGCGAAGUCAUUCCUUCGGUGGCAUCACGUCGCUGUCUACAGACACUCUUCCAACUUACAUCACAGAUGCAGCCCGGAGGCGCGGCAGUGCUGUUCGGAAGUCUUUGGAGGAGAAGGAAUGCAAAGAGCAGGAGAGCAUGGAAUGGGCAAAGCAGCACAGGCUCAAGUCUCAGGCCAUGAGGAAAAGGGUGACCACUCGGGCCAGGGCGAUGGACCCCCACAAGAGUCUGAAGGAAGUGUUCAAGGAGAAACUCAAGCAAAACCGGGAGUUGGAUAGUCAGAGGUUGAAAGAGUACAGGAAAGAGCUGGAGGAGAUGAAGACUCGAGUCAGUGGCCGCCCAUACCUUUUUGAACAGGUGACAAAGACAAACGCCAAGCAGGACGCGGAGCGGCGGUACAGGAAGACGUUGCGACAGGCUGGGUUGGACGAGCAGUUUGUGAAGAGGAAGGGUGAGAAGGCCAAAGCCAUUUCUUCCCUCACUCCUGAUGAAGAGGACAACGGUGAUAAAAACGUGGAACCUUGGAGGAACAGCAAAGAAAAUAAAGUUGCUGAAGAAGAAAAGGAAAGCACUUAAGUCGAGAAGUGAAAAAAUGCUGUGACUGCAAAGUGUCUGGCUGUGCUGCACUUUUUACAAAAGCAAACACCAUGUGCACAAAUCACCCAGUGCAAUUAAUUUUUUUUCAACUUAAUGAAAUUGUGGUUUAGAAAUUAUGAAGUGCAGACAUUUGCAGAUUUUAAUUUGUAAAUUUACAUAAUGUGUCUACCUCUUAAAAACUAAUAUUUUUAUUAAGUUGUUCAGAAUAUUAUUUGGUUACAUUUGAUUUUACAGUACUCAAAGGACAGCUUUGCUUUACAUAAUCUUAAUAAAUGGAGUGUUGCAUCUGUUCACUCCUCCACAAGCAAAUUAAAAUGAAGGUUUUACAAUUCUGCACUUGUACUUUGUUACCGGGGCGAAAAUUCAACUAAUGUUAGGAAACGAAUCAAGUAAAUAAAUUGUGAAUCACAUGUUUUCUGUAAAAAUUAAACACCUUUUUUGUAAAACAUUAGCUUUUUGUAAUGUCUCUCCAUGAACAGAAUAACAUAAAACAGGUAUAUUUUAUAAGAUCUCCUUUGCCUGUAAAUCACCAGGGUUCCUGACAUUGCUGGGAAAUCAUUAAAAUUUUGGGAAACAGAUCAAGGUCCAGGCUUUCAAACUCCAAUUCUUAGUUGUUCUUUUCAUGGUUCUAUGGUGACAGACCAUCCUCCGAAUAAUAGCCGCUUACAAAGAAGCCACAGAGAGUGGCUAUAGAUCUUGGCAGACCUCAGUAUAAACCAAACCAUCUUUCUGUAUAAAACUCAACCCAGAGAAAUAAACAUGUUACUGAGCCAUUUUCAGCUACAGCAUCAGAAAGUAUAAGGUUAAAUAUAUUUGUACGGUCAGCUUGCAUGGAAAGAACCAGAAGAGCCAGGUGUACAAAUAAACACAAAAUUUACAAAAUGUUGGACA